AUGUCCUCUGCCUCGGCCUUUGCGUCCGACAGCCCUUGUCUCAGGGACAUCGUGGAGACUCGCCUGUCCGAAACGCAGGCCCCCCCUCCGACGACCGAGUCGGCUCCGCAGCGACAAUCUUUAAAUGGCCAAUUUACAAACGAGCUGGAGUCUGAGGGUCAAGGACCAAAUCCAGAGCGAGGGCACUAUGUCCCUGGGUUCGAGCCUGAAUAUGAACUUCUCCCGGAACAAAAACCGCUCUCCCCCACUGCUACAACCCUCUAUACCUUAUCCUACCUCAUCUUCUUCUCCAUUUUUGGCACCCUCGCCCGCCUCGGUGUCCAGGCGCUGACAUUCUACCCCGGCUCGCCGGUUGUAACAGGCUUGCUAUGGGCCAAUGUCGGCGGAUCCUUACUGAUGGGCUUCUUCCUCGAGGACAGGAAUAUCUUUCGCGAAGAAUGGGGUAAGCCCAGCACGAACACCAACACGAACCCCAACAUUUCCACAGCCGAAGAAUCCAAGCGCCAUACAUCCGUCAAAAAGACCAUUCCCCUCUACAUCGGCCUCACCACCGGCUUUUGCGGCUCCUUUACCUCCUUCUCCUCUUUCAUUCGUGAUGUCUUCGUCGCUCUCUCCAACGACCUCUCCUCCCCGGACCUCUCAGAUACCAGUCCCACCUCCCGCAACGGCGGCUACAGCUUCAUGGCCCUGGUUGCCGUAAUCCUGAUUACUGUCUCACUCAGCGUGUCCGCCCUGAUAGCCGGCUCGCACCUCGCCCUCGCUCUCAGCCGGCUGCCAAUUUCAUACACACUCCCCUUCCGCCUAACUCGCCGCAUCAUCGAUCCCCUCUUCGCCAUCUUAGGGCUAGGCAGCUGGCUCGGCGCAGUGUUCCUCGCGAUAUUCCUCCCAGCCGGGCAUAAAGCUUGGCGCGGCGAGGCGCUUUUCGCAAUCGUCUUCGCGCCCUUGGGUACCCUCCUCCGCUUCUAUGUUUCGCUGUGGCUAAACGCGCGUAUUCCUUCGUUUCCACUAGGAACCUUCGCAGUGAAUAUCGUUGGAACAAUCAUAUUAGCCGCUUGUUAUGACCUGCAGCGCGUGGAGGUUGGCGCGAGCGUGCUGUUUAUUCUGACUGAAGCUGAGUUCGUUAUGUACUUCUACGCCAAUGUCUUAUAA